AUGCUUUGUCCGAGGGAGAGGCUGCGGAACAUUGAGAGGAUCUGCAACUUGCUUAGGAAGUUGGUGCUGCCAGAGUACUCCAUCCAUGGACUCUUCUGCAUCAUGUUCCUGUGUGCCCAGGAGUGGCUGACCGUGGGCCUCAACAUCCCCCUGCUCUUCUACAACACAUGGAGGUACUUCCAUUCGCCAACGGACACUAAGGAGCUGCUCUACGACCCAGCGUCCGUGAUGAACGGAGACACGCUCAAGUUCUGCAUAAAGGAGGCCUGGUGCAAGCUGUCCUUCUUCGUCCUAUCCUUCUUCUACUAUCUCUACUGUGUGUGGAACCUGGAUAUAUCCGUCUAAUAGAACUUUACAAUGGAAACACUUAAAGUAUGAUCUACUCCUUGGUUACCUCAACAUAACAACUGAUUUAUCAGCAACUGGAGAGAAGGGAACAUGCCUCUGGAAAUACAGACCACCACUGUUUCGGUCUACAAUCGAAAGACAGGAAAUAGAAGAUAGAAAAAUGUUUUUUGCUGCAUAGCCAAACAAUGAACUCAAGGGGGGCGAAGCUUUUUCUCUGCUUUGUCCCCUUAAGAAGGAAGGUUUCAUGCUUGUCUGUAAAUACAAACUGAAGUCUUGUUUACAGUUAGACCGGUCGUAGCUAGACCCAAGUAAAUCACUGCCUGGCCAACAUUUGAACCAAACACACACAUACAUCCACAGCCUCCUCUGAAGUGGUACCGUACAUACUGUAAAGUUGCAGCGCUGGUAGCCCAAGAGGAUAAAGAGCACAGUAGCGUUUGCACAGUUUGUCUCAGGCACAGCAUGGUGAAGCACUGUCCGGCCCAGCACGGCUCACCCCCCCUCAGUCAUCCCCUCUCGAUGCCUCGCCAACCGUAGCUUCACUGGUGAGUCAGAAACGAGGGAUACAUGGACGACUGCAUGGACAGAUAACACUGUACAUAAAGCAGAAUGCUUUGGUUGGAAACACUCGAGCAGACGAUAUUUUCCACUGAAUGGCACACACUGUCCAUGGCCUGUGGGUUUUUCUUUCGAACAUUACAGUACGUGAAUGGCUUUUGUGACGUGUGCAUUUUGGUGUAUUAUUUAACUAAAGGAAUUUCUAAUAGAAGCAAAAGGUAUCCUAUACAGCAAAUGCCUUCUUUGUGUCAUCCUCGUGUUGUUCUAUUGUGGGAAAACUUUUCUAAAACUCAAAAGCUAACACCUGUCCAAUUUUUUGAUAGUAGAGGAGCACAUAUUCUUUGCACAAAUAGAGUCUUGCACAAUAUUUGCAAUCUUUGGCUAUAUAUAAAUAUAUAAUAGAGAUAAAUUAUGAUAGUCUAGCCACACAGGUGAAGGUCUUCCAAUAUGUAAAUAAUUAAUCCAGCCCUGUUUGAAUAUGGGGAGAAAAUGUGAAUCUUUUUUAGCUCGAUUUACACCAUGGACCAACAUGUUUAUCUUUCAGUAUUGAAAUGUAUUUAUUAUUAUCUAUUUGUGAGAUACUGAUGGUUUUCCUCCUUUAUCUACCUUAAAUGAAAUAUGAUAUUCUAAAAUAACCACACCAUGAUAAGGGCCUGUGUCCACACACCUUUUUUCUGGCAGAGCCUCCUCCCUGCGUUUUAAAAAUAAAAAAGGUUCUUACGGUUCUUCUGUGGCAACAAUAUCUUGACAACGCAGCAUGACUAGCAUCGCCCAUUUGUAUUUUAUUAUCUGUGCUUAUAAAUAUGUGUUUCAUAUUGUUUUCUCCAUAAAUUGGUGCAGUGAGGAUGUUUUUCUGUUAGCACCUGGAAGUUAGCAUUGCAUGUGCUCCCUUGAGAAAAAACAAUUGGAUAUCCCCAUUUUAUUUGGGUAUAAUGCAGGAAGUAAAUAUUGUGGCCAACACACGUUUAUAAUAAUCUUUUGUUCACCAGGAUAAUUUCCACAUAAUAACACCACUUUGUGAUUUUUGAAGCAUAAAUACAGUCGGCAGAAGUCAAAGCUAUAGGCUAUAAACAAACUACUUUCUUGUUGCAUGCAUCACCACCGCUAAGCUAAAGGCUGCUCAUGUUUAGCGUGAUGACAUUUAGUAGUCUUAUUUAGUCCCUUGUUAGCAACUGCUUUUUUUAUGACAGAAGCUUCAGAUAUUCAAGAGUGGAGUAUUUACUUAAAUAUUUCAUGUCUUAGAACAUAACGUACACAUCUCUUCAGCUUGUGUUUACGACAGACCUUAUAGACUUCUAACCACAAACACUUUUAAAAAAACAUUGAUUUCUAGACGAGGGAACCGGAAGUGGAAACCUGCUAAGUCUUUUCCAGUUCGACAUUGAACAGUUGAAACAUUACAACUCAGCGCAUUCGUAGCGGCCGCACACACGGCGGACAAUCAGGAAAAACGCUUUUUCACGAGGCGUUGCAUGCAAUGGCAAACUCUCACUACCUUAAUAGAAACAUUUGGAAAAGAUGCAGGCGCUCAGAAAAAUACACUCUGUGGACACAGGCCCUAAGACAGCAUGUGUAGUAAAGAGGAAGUUGCGAAAAGUUACGAGCAUUGAUCCGUCUUUCUCUGUGAUUUGAAUAAAAGCAACUGUAGCAGGGGAUACAUGAGAUCUGUCUGAGUAUAUUGAGGAAUAACUGUAUGAUGAAAGUACCUCAGAGGACAAACUCACCUACAGAUCAUCAUCCCCGCAGCUGGAACACAUUCAGAGUCUUGCUCAGAGACACCUCGGCAGGGUAGGAGCUUGAACCUGAAUCUUCCAUGUGUAGCGCAGUUUUCUAACUACCAGGCCACUCUGUAGAUCUUCACCAUCAUCUUCACUCAAUGAGCUCACUUUGUAAACUGCCCUUCAAAGAGCAGAAAGGAAUGCCCAGUUCUUGUUGUUUUCUCUUAUUCUAAUUCAAGCAUUUUCUAUCCUUAUUGUGUAUGUGACCGACCGAGUUGAAUUUAGAUAUUGUUUAUGAAAUAAAGUAUUUUAAA